CAUCACGGGACUCUGGGCCACACCUUCGUUUUACCACAGCAGCUUUGGGCACAGAAAGACUUUGGACUGCUACUGCGGAGAGGACAGUGCGUUUUUAGCAAAUAAUCAAGAUGGCGAACCAGUAUGUGACCAAGAUUGAACUUUGCAUAUCCUGCAAAAACCUUCUAGACAAAGAUAUUGGCUCAAAAUCGGACCCGCUGUGUGUUCUUCUGGAGAGUGUGGACGAUGGUAAAUGGACUGAGGUGGACCGCACAGAGAGAGUGAAGAACUGCCAGGACCCAGAGUUUUCUAAGAGACUCUGUAUUGACUACUAUUUUGAGAGGGUCCAAAAACUAAAACUAGGUGUCUACGACAUUGACAACAAAUCUGUUGACCUGAAAGAUGACGACUACUUGGGAGGUUUUGAGUGUACCCUUGGUCAGGUUGUGUCAAGUAAGAAGAUUACCAACCCCCUUCAGCUCAAACCAGGCAAACCAGCAGGCAAAGGCACAAUAACUGUUGCUGCAGAAGAAGUGAAGGAUAACCGAGCCAUUGUGCUGGAAAUAGAAGCCAAAAACCUGGACAAGAAGGAUGUGUUUGGCAAAUCGGAUCCUUUCCUGGAGUUCUUUAAGCAGACUGAUGAUGGCUCGUGGCAGCUAGUCCACAGGACUGAGGUCGUUAAGAAUAAUUUAAACCCAUCUUGGAAAAAAUUCCUAGUUUCUUUACAUGCAUUCUGUAAUGGAGACCUGAACAAGCCAAUUAAGGUCCACUGCAUUGAUUAUGAUAGCGAUGGCUCACAUGAUCUCAUUGGCGUUUUUCAAACUAAAGUGGCUGAGCUUCUGAAAGUAGACAGUGGUUCUAUGGUGGAGUUUGAGUGUAUUCAUCCAGAGAAGCAGAAGAAGAAAAAGAGCUACAAGAAUUCCGGCAUUGUCCGCUUCAAGUAUUGCAAGAUAGAGGCACAGUAUUCAUUCUUGGACUAUGUGAUGGGAGGUUGCCAAAUUAAUUUCACAGUGGGUAUCGAUUUCACCGGCUCUAACGGAGACCCUCGCUCCCCAGACUCUCUGCACUACCUCAGUCCUCAAGGGAUAAACCAGUACCUUGAAGCAGUCUGGUCUGUGGGCCUUGUCAUCCAAGAUUAUGACAUGGAUAAAUUGUUUCCUGCUUUUGGGUUUGGUGCUCAGGUGCCUCCAAAGUUUGAGGUGUCGCAUGAGUUUCCUCUGAAUUUCGAUCCCAGUAAUCCUUACUGCAGAGGAGUGGAGGGCAUUGUCCAGGCGUAUCGCGCUAUUCUGCCACAGCUGCGUCUGUAUGGCCCAACUAACUUUUCCCCCAUCAUCAACCAUGUGGCUCGUAUUGCUGCAACAGCAGCUCAACAGCCAACUGCAGCGCAAUAUUUUGUGCUGUUGAUCAUAACGGAUGGAGAGAUUACUGAUCUGGACCAGACCAAGCAGGCCAUAGUGAACAGCUCCAAGCUCCCCAUGUCCAUCAUUAUCGUGGGUGUCGGUGAGGCAGACUUUAAGGCCAUGGAGGUACUUGAUGGAGAUAACGGUGUCCUUAAAUCUCCCACGGGAGAACCAGUGGCAAGAGAUAUAGUACAGUUUGUCCCUUUCAAAGACUUUGUCAAGGGUCCCAAAGAAGCUCUGGCCAAAAGUGUUCUUGCUGAAGUGCCCAAUCAGCUGGUGUCUUACUUCAAGAUGAGGAAUCUGAUGCCUGUCAAUCCUCCUGCUCCAAAAAAAUAGAGGCAGGUGUUUGCAGGUUCAGUAGGACCACCAAGUUCAGGGGAAAAAAUCAUUACGAAGACCUUUUUAUAUAAGGCAAUGAAAGUAAACCACCGCACAAUAGCCUUCGUUAGUCUUACUUUCUGCAAACCUUUUCUGCUUUUUCACUGUAAUUACACUUUUUCCAAUUGAACUUUCGUCAAAUGUUUAAACGGUCAUCCAUGAUGAUUUUUGAGUUCUGGAUUAUAGACUUGUGUAAAAAGCAAUUACUACAUUGUACAUGCUGUACUGCUCAACAAAUGCAUUUUAAAGGGAACAGCAAUGCCUUUUUUUUUUUUUUAAAUAUAUAUAUUUUUUAUAAUAAAUAGUGAGUUCUACAAAAAGAGCCAAGUAGAAUUUGUCACCUUUGUAUUAAAUGACAGUGAUUUGGCAUGCCACAAAGUAUGUUGGUCAAUGUUGGAAUGAAAUGUUUCAUCUUGUGUAGCAGUAGGCCUUCCCAAAGAUACAGAAAUCUUGGAUGCUGGCUUAAAAGUAAUUGCACUUUAUAGCUCAUUUAUAACACAUUAACUGACCAUGUACACCAACCAUGUUUCAAUGUUUAUUGGAACCUAGAGCCAAAUUAGAGCUUAUGAAAAUUCCUUCUGUUACAGUAAUGCACUUGGUUUUACAUGAUAAACAACCACUUAAGUUUAAUCUGAAAUGGAAAAUAUUUGGUAAUAUUUUGUUGUGUUCAUUUGAUGUUUAGCAGAUCAUGAUCAUAGCAGAUCAUGAUCAUAGCAGAUCAGCUUUAGGUCUUGGAGCCUUAAAUAAUAAUUGUUGCACUUCUCAAUCACUAUAGAUUCUGCAAUAUUGCUAAUAUGCUUACUUUAAUAAUGACCCUGUCUACCCUAUCUAAAGCAAAAUGUUUAUAAAUGGCAUGCAGUUAUAUAGCUUGUGUUCUGAACUUUAUUAAAAAGUCACCAGAACUGAAACACCAUUACUAUGCAUAAUGAGUGCAGUUGUGUAGAUCAGGAAGUAUGUUAGUCCCUGCCACCAACAUAUAUGCAAAUGCUUGCACCUUGACAUGCCUUAAUUAAAGUAUCACAUAUUCUACUCAAUAUAUUUACACUUGUACCUCUGCUUAUUGCCUUAAAUAGUAUGACUAGAGAUCAGAAUUGCUGUUAGUGGUGUUCUGUCUAGAUUUGGUGUGAGCAAUGAUGGUUUGACAGUAUUUUUCAGACAUUUUCUCUUAUGUGCCAUUUUUUUUGUGUGGAAAAAUGCCACUCAACAGUUAUCAUCUGCAUCUCUUUUUGCUUACACAGCUGUCAGCUUUGUGCCUUUUCCCUUUUUUUUUUUUUACAAAUAAAAUAAAUUGUCGCAG